UGUCUAAGCCUAACCCCCUCCUCUAUAUAUGCUCACGUCUAAAGCAACAUCUGACCCACGCCUCCCAUCAAAUAUUUUCCUUCAUUCCAACUUUCGAGAGAAUACUGAAAGAAUGGCAGGAGAUCUGGAAUUGAAGUUGUUGGGGUCGUGGGCGAGCCCAUUUGCGAUGAGGGCAAGAAUUGCUCUAAACCUCAAGGGGGUGGGGUACGAGCUCUUGAAGGAGGUAUCGGGGACUAAAAGCGAGCUCCUCCUCAAGUCCAACCCUGUCUACAAGAAGAUCCCUGUCCUCAUCCACCACGGCAAGCCCAUCUGUGAAUCCAUGAUCAUCGUUCAGUAUAUCGACGAGGUCUGGGCCGCAGCGGGACCUUCCAUCCUGCCAUCUGAUCCCUAUGAACGUGCCAUUGCUCGCUUUUGGAUCGUCUACAUAGAUGACAAGUGGUUUCCUUCAUCUCUUAGGACAUUAAGAGGAUUAAACGAAGAGGCGAAGGCAGAAGCAGAAGAACAACUCGCUAAUGCGCUUCCAUUACUGGAGGAUGCUUUUCCAAAAUGCAGCAAAGGAAAGGACUUCUUUGGCGGAGAGACUAUUGGCUAUUUAGACAUUGCCUUGGGGUGCUACUUGGGAUGGAUAAAGGCAAUAGAGAAGAUGACAGGCAUCAAGGCAUUAGAUGAGGCAAAGACGCCUACCUUGGUAGGAUGGGCAGAACGCUUUUGCUCUGGUGACGCUGUAAAGGAAGUGAUGCCUGAGGCAGACGAGCUCAUAGAGUUCACCAAGUUGAUUCAAGCUAUCAUGAAUGCUGCUCCUGGCCGCCAAAAUAUGCAUGUGUCAAAAAAUGAUAGAUAAUGAUGAUUGAAAUUAUUGUCGUACUAUGCAAACCUUCAAGCAUUGUUAGAUCUUGGCACAGGCAACGGACAUGGAAAAGCGUGGAUGCUUUGAUCAUAUAUACGAUGCAUGGAGAGUGUGGGGUAAUUUUCUUAAUAAUGUGUUUAUCAUGAUUAGACCUGGGCUUGAGCAUAAAAAAAUGUUAAAUUUUACA